AACAUUUUUGAAUAAAAAAUAAUAGUACUAUAAACAUUUAAUAUUCAUUUGACAGUGCAUAAAGGGAAGGAUAUAAUUUGCCUAAAAUUCCAUUGAAAAAAGCAUUUUCCUAAAUAAACAAGAAUAAAACAAAGCACACACACACUGCACCAAACAAAAGAUUCUUCCUUCAUCUUCUUUCUUCCGAAACCAAAGGAGAAAGCAUCACCAUGAAUCUUAUCUUCUUUUAUAAUCAAUAAUAAUAAUGCGAAUCAUUCACUCAAAUCACACAGAGAAUUUCAAGGGUUAACACUUUUCUUCCCAUUUUACCCUUGAAAUUUCUCUACAUUCUCCCUUUAACGUUUUCAACAACAAAAAUUCAUAUUCACAAUGCUAUGUAAAAUCAAACCCUUGUCACGGAAGAAAAAAUCCGGUUCGGUUCCGGUUUAUAUUAACGUCUAUGAUCUUACCCCAAUUAAUGGUUAUGCUUAUUGGUUUGGCCUUGGAGUUUAUCAUUCUGGUGUUCAAGUUCAUGGUAUUGAAUAUGGAUUUGGAGCACAUGACCGUGAUACUACUGGGAUUUUUGAAGUGGAGCCGGGAAAAUGUCCAGGAUUCACAUUUAGAAAAUCAAUUUACAUUGGAUCAACGGAUAUGGGACCAAAGGAGGUUCGGGAGUUUAUGGAGAAGCUAGCUGAAGUGUAUGCUGGAAAUACCUACCAUCUUAUACAAAAGAAUUGCAACCAUUUCUGUAAUGAUGUUUGUGUCAGAUUAACAGGAAAGUCAAUUCCUCGAUGGGUUAAUAGACUCGCUAGAAUUGGUUUUCUCUGCAACUGCGUUCUUCCAACUAGCCUAAAUGAAACAAAGGUUGGACAAGGUACAUUAGACAAGACUCGGGAAGGAGAAACUAAGAAAAUGAGAAGUCAGUCCCGCAGGCACGAGGCUUCUUCCAGUCCUUCAUUGUCUGCUAGCCAAAGACAUUGCCUUCCUCCAUCUUCGUGUGUAAUUAAUACUUCUUCAUCCUCAACCUUAGCAGUAAAGUAAAGCUUUGACAGGAGUCAGACAUUGAAACAUAGGCCGUUAGAAUUUUGUCAUGUACCAAAAAUGGGCAGGAAAGCAACUUUUCAUCUGCUCCAUCCAUCUGUCUGUUCUUCUGUAUAUCUUUAAAUUAUGUUGUAAUGGUGAAAAUGGAAAGGGUUGCUUUGUCUCAGUUCAUUUUAAUUGUGUGCUUUCUUCAUUAAACAAAGAAGUUUCUUUAUUUUUUUUAGAUUUUUGGGGUAAGCAUUUUUUAAUCUUACCUCAUCUUUAUAAUUUCUGUAGAAUAUAGUAAUGUAUUCAUUGUAUUUGCUGAAGUGUGAAAUAAUGCAAUGCAGGAAAUAUUAAACA